GAUUAACAGCUGACAGUCCAGUCCAGCUUCAUGGCGAGUCGGAUCUGAGUGGACAAUGUUGUGUGAGAUGGAGUGCAGGAGGAAAAACUCAAGCCGUUCAAACAGUGGGAGUGGUGAAGAUUCUCUGGACAGGCUCCUCCCCGCGGUCAGCACCUCUCGCAGGAAGAGCGGCACUCUGGGUAAAACAGAACCUCCACUGCUUCGCACCGGCACUCGUACCAUCUACACAGCCGGCAGACCGCCCUGGUACAACGAACAUGGAGCCCAGUUUAAAGAGGCCUUUGUCAUUGGUCUGUGUGGAGGCAGUGCCUCUGGAAAAACUACUGUAGCCAAUAAAAUCAUUGAAGCUCUGGACGUUCCUUGGGUUGUUUUACUAUCUAUGGACUCAUUUUAUAAGGUCCUGUCUCGAGAGGAACAAGCUCUAGCAGCCAAGAACGACUAUAACUUUGACCAUCCGGGAGCUUUCGACUUUGAGCUGCUUGAGAGCACUCUGCGGAAACUUAAACAGGGGAAAAGUGUAAAAAUCCCAGUGUAUGACUUCACUACACAUGGACGCCAGAAAGACUGGAAAAACGUCUAUGGUGCCAGCGUCAUUAUCUUUGAAGGCAUCUUGUCCUUUGCAGACAAAGAGCUCUUGCAGCUGAUGGAUAUGAAGGUUUUUGUAGAUACAGAUUCGGAUAUUCGGCUGGUACGGCGGCUGAGGAGGGACAUCACAGAGAGAGGACGUGACAUUGAGGGAGUGAUUAAACAAUACAAUAAGUUUGUAAAACCAGCCUUUGAGCAGUACAUAGAACCCACCAUGCGACUUGCAGACAUUGUAGUGCCACGUGGUGGGGGUAACAUGGUGGCCAUUGACCUGAUCGUUCAGCAUGUUCACAGCCAGCUAGAAGAGCGUGAGAUUAGUGUCAGGGCACUCCUGGCCACGGCCCAGCAGUCCCAGCCUCUCCCUCAGACUCUCAGUGUGUUGGAAAGCACACCACAGGUCCGAGGUCUCCACACCAUCAUAAGGAACAAAGACACCAGCCGUGACGAGUUCAUCUUCUACUCAAAGAGACUGAUGCGGCUGCUGAUUGAACACGCGCUGUCUUUCUUACCCUCCAAGGCCUGUACCAUCCAAACACCACAAGGUCAAGAGUAUAAGGGGCGCAGAUUUACUGGGAAAGGGAUCACAGGUGUGUCCAUUCUUCGGGCAGGUGAGACCAUGGAGCCUGCACUGAGAGCUGUGUGGAAAGACGUCCGUAUUGGCAAGAUUCUGAUCCAGACUAAUCUGGAUUCAGGAGAACCAGAGCUGCACUACCUGCGACUGCCCAGAGACAUCAGUGAGGACCAUGUGAUUUUGAUGGAUAGCACCGUUUCUACUGGAGCGGCAGCCAUGAUGGCAGUGAGGGUGUUGCUGGACCAUGAUGUCCAGGAAGACAAGAUUGUGUUGGUGUCUCUGCUGAUGGCGGAGUUGGGUGUUUCCUCAGUGGCUUACGCCUUCCCUCGUGUCAAAAUCAUCACCACUGCUGUGGACAAGAGCCUAGAUGACCUUCUUCAUCUCAUCCCAGGGAUAGGGGACUUUGGUGACCGUUACUUUGGGACAGAUGGGUCUUCAUCGUGGCUUGAUGAAGAACAGCAAGAACCACAUAGCUGCUCUUCAGAGGUUUGACAUUUUGUUCAAGCAAUUCAGGCAGUUGUGACGAGUGAGGAUCAACACUUACUGUAAUUUCAUAAAGUCAGCCAGGAACAUAAAUAGUUUUUCCAAGCACAUUUAUGAGGCACAGUAUUGUGUAGCACUUUAUUUUAAAACCGUAUUUUCAUGAUGUGAUCUAAAACAAUAAAAUGUCUUUUAUCAAUAAACAAACACAUACAGUA